AUGUGUCUCCACACUGAAACACAGAUAAAGUUUAAAUUCAAGAGUCCAGAUUGAAACUGGGUCUAAAAUCCAACCUUCAUGUUUUUCUGCUCCCUUUACUGUUUAAUUUGGAAGUCAUUCAAUCAGAUUAGAAAGCAAAUAAAGCAGCGACAGGACUUCUAGGGGAGCGCAUUGACCAGAAACCUUCAGUCCAGCAGAAAUGAUGAAGCACCUGCUGCUGCUGCUCUUGGUGGCUGUGGCCAACGCAAAAAUCUUCCAGCGCUGUGAUUGGGCGAGAACGCUGAAGGCCAAAAACAUGGAUGGUUACCGUGGCGUCAGCCUGGCCGACUGGGUCUGUCUGACCCAACACGAGUCAAACUUCAAUACCCGAGCAACCAACCGUAACACAGACGGCUCGACUGACUACGGCAUCUUCCAGAUCAACAGCAAAUGGUGGUGCAGCGAUGGCGGCGUUUCAAGAGCCAACGGGUGUGGGAUUCGCUGCAGCGAACUGCAGACAGACGACGUGGAAACGGCGAUCAGAUGCGCCAAACGCAUCGUUGAUCAACAAGGCGUCAGAGCAUGGGAGGCCUGGAAGGCUCACUGCCAGAACCGAAACCUGAGCAGCUAUCUGAGAGGCUGCAACCUCUGACCCGGAGACCAGAGGCAGAACGGCUGAUGAAACGUUAAUCCAGCAGCUGAAAUGAGAAGCAGCUGAAAACAAAUAGAAACAUCUCUCCUAUUUUAAUUUAACAAUCCACUCCUAAAUAUUAUUCUAAACAGAAUAUGCAUGUAAAAUAACCCCACACCAAAUAAACUGGACUACCCUAAACUAAUCAUUCAAAUGCCAGACUUUCUCCAACAAUCAGAAAUAAAUGUGAAGCAAAAAAACCCAUCAGACGGCUCUUAAUAAUGGAUGACCCAAUAAAAAAAAUCCAAUAAGAAUAAAACAAAACAAAAAUGUAUACAAAAUAACUGUGAACGCCAUUCUGAAAUAAUUUUGUCUUGCUUUGUAUUUUGACUUUUCAUACAAGCAUCCUGGAGAGAAGAGCAAAGAAAUGUUAAAACAAUAAAAUUCAACGUGAUCAGA